CCCUUCCCGGUUGCCACGGGUGAUGGGGGAUGGGCAGGCAGGUUUCUAUGGCCCCUGAAGAGAGAAAUUAAUCAGGCAAAUUCUCUGUCCCUUCUGGAGGGGAAGCUAAUUGGGGCUGAGCCAAGGCCCAGAUUUUCCAGCCACUGAUUGGCUAGGGCAGCAGCACCAAGGGAACUGCCCUAAUUAGAGGCAGGAGGGUUUCAAAUGGGGAAUGUGACAGUCUAUGAUCCCGCUGCCUGGGCCUAGGGUUUAACCCCUUCCUUCCUGCAGGGGAGGGGAUCAAACUUGCUCCCCCCUGCAGUCUGGCAGACACCUUGGACUUGCAGAUCACUGGAGGCGCCAGAGAGAACAUAGGUCUUUGGAAGCGGCUUUGCUCCUGCAUGAAGAUUUUAGAAUAUCUCAUAAUUUGCCUUAAGAAUGAGGAAGAAAGGCCGCUGAAAGGAUUAGCCCCGGAAGGGAUAGUGCUGGUUUCCUUUAAUCUCAGUGAUUCUACGCAUGGCACAAGCCAACUCCGGUGCACGACCACUAUUGCUGCAGCAGGGAAUUUUUGCUCUAAAAUCCUCAAUGAGCAGUUCUGGAAAGAAAUGGAUGGGAUGCUGGCUGAGCUCUCUGUGCCUUGGACCAGGCCUUGGACAGCAGGUGGAUGUAGCCACGAACCCCUGGAUUCUACCGCACUUCAGCUGGCCUUUGAGCUCCACGAAAGGCCUGGAGUUCUGAUGAUGGACUGUCUGGCAGUAAAACAGUUCAUACACAAGAUCAGCAUGGUGCACCCAAAGAUCAGAUUCCAUUACUGUGUGAAUGUGAAUGGCGCUGUGUCUGCGGAGACAUACUGUGGAGAGAAGAGAGAGAGUACAUGUGUACUGAAUGGAAUAAAGCUCCUUACUGACCAGAGACACUAUAUAAGGGUUGCGGACAGCUUGGUGUCUUGUGGCGCAAACUUCCUUUGUGGCAAAAUCCACCCUGUGCUGGGCAGGGCUGUCAGCCUCCUGAUUCCCCAUGAAGUGGCUGAAACUGGCUUCACCGGGGAGCUGGAAGUCACGCCAGCUGCCGCGCUGUGCCCCUGCCUGAAGCUGUAUCCCAAUCAGCCUGCUAAGAUUGUUGCUGUCUCCAUCUUUUUCUACGAUCCCGCGGGUCUGCCCAUAUCAUUCUAUGCAAAGGGGAAAUCAUCGUUGUUCUUCAAUGACCCAUCAAACUUAGCAGAAUGGGAGAAGUACAGCUAUAGUGCAACACUGGACUCAGAUCCAGGGCAGGAAGAAGAUCAAGUGAACCCAGAUGUCAGAUAUAAACUUCACUGGGACGGUAGAAGCCAAGAAGAUGAUCCAGACACUUGGGAGCAGACUCUGUUGCUCUUCCUCUUUCUCCACUACUCAGAUCAGUUUCAAGAUAAGCCACUUUACGAUUUCUGGACCCGGCGCAUGAUUGCAUCCCAUAUGGACCAGAUUCUCCUGUGCAGCCAGGAGGCAGUGAAGCGUGGAGUCCAGGCUGUCAUUGACGCAAUGCUACAGGAGCACUGCAAGAGAGGGAAGAACCAGCGGAGGUUGAAGCUGUCCCUGCCCAUCAUCCUAGGUGCCAUUUCCAGCGUGGUGUCCAGCAGCACUAACAGCCAGUUCAGACGGGAAUGUCUGCAGAGUUUGCAGGUUUCAGAUACCCCAGAGCUAAUGGCAGCCAUUCAAACAGCCUUUGAAAAUGUCACUCGGAAGCGACUGAUGCCCAGUGGCACAUGCAGCAUCACAAAACAGGUACCUGAAGAUGCCAACCCAGCCUGGCUCGCUGCGUGUGACUUACCAACAGCUGACCAGAAGCUAUCACAGGAAGAGGCAUCUGACAGCAUCAAUUCUGUCGAUUCAGAGCCAGCCUCUCUGGAGGACAGAGCUGACUUGUGGGGAGAAAUGAGUGAAACUAAGAGGAGGAAGACAGCAACCAUGGAGAACAAUGCAGGUGGGGCUCUGGAGCAAGAGCCACUGGGUGGCUUGCAGGAGAGGACAGACGAUCUCAUGACAGGCUUUGGCAGCCAGCUGAGUUUUUGCCUGUGGAGUCCCAAGGAAGGAGCAGAUGCCAGCAUGUUCCUAGGUGAAAGAGAGGAGGGCUUUACAGCUGAAUCAGAGAGCAGAGCCAGAAGCAGUGAGAAUCUGUGGCAGGAGGACUCUAAGGCCCACCAGGAACUACUGAAAAGGGUGGCAUUGAGCCUCAACCUUCAAGCUGAGGAGGUGGAGGAACCCUCGGACUCCCUCUUCAAUGUCCUAUCCGCCUCGAUGCCGGGCAGGAUGGCUCUCCCACUCCAUGAAGGCAUGGCAAAAAUUUCAAACACCUUGUGGUAAACCCCCGUUUC